CCGCGGGGCCGGAAGCGAAGCGGGGAAAGUCGACCGCCGCGCGGAAGUUCGCCCGGGCCGAGGGGGAGGGAAGGCGGCCGGUAGCGAGCGACUGAGGAGGAUGAACAACAAAUUCGACGCUCUGAAGGACGACGAUAGCGGAGACCAUGACCAGAAUGAAGAGAACGGCACACAGAAAGAUGGUGAGAAGGAAAAAAACGAUAGAGACAAAUCCCAGAAUAGCUCCAAGAGGAAGGCCGUGGUUCCAGGGCCGGCUGAGCACCCCCUGCAGUAUAAUUACACCUUCUGGUACUCCAGACGGACGCCCGGGAGGCCCACCAGCUCGCAAAGUUACGAACAGAACAUCAAACAAAUUGGCACCUUUGCCUCCGUGGAGCAGUUCUGGCGCUUUUACAGUCACAUGGUCCGCCCUGGGGACCUGACGGGUCACAGCGACUUCCACCUCUUCAAAGAAGGAAUCAAACCCAUGUGGGAGGAUGAUGCCAACAAGAACGGCGGCAAGUGGAUUAUCCGCCUCCGGAAGGGCUUAGCAUCUCGCUGCUGGGAGAACCUUAUUUUGGCAAUGCUGGGAGAACAAUUCAUGGUGGGGGAAGAAAUCUGCGGGGCGGUCGUCUCUGUUCGUUUCCAGGAGGAUAUCAUCUCCAUAUGGAACAAGACGGCCAGCGACCAGGCGACCACCGCCCGGAUACGGGAUACGUUGCGGCGUGUGCUUAACCUGCCCCCCAACACCAUCAUGGAGUACAAAACACACACAGACAGCAUCAAGGCCUGGGAGGAGUUUCAUGGUCUGGUGAACAGCGGCGGCCGCUGACUGAGCGCUCUCCCUCCCUCUCUCACACACCCAGGGGAUAACUCAAGCUUCCGAAAUACCAAGAUCACUUUGUGAGGAGGGGAGGGCAGCUCUCCGCUCUUCCUCUUCAAUCUGACCCAGAAAAAAGGGGAGGGGUAUCUCCUUGCAGGCCCCACAGUCUCUGCUUGCUGAGGAGUCUUGCGAAUUUCCCUGGGUCCUUCGCCCUUUCCGAUGAUGGCUUUUUCUCCUGUGUCAAGGACUGAUCUAGCACCCAGACAUCUCGGUUGGCUGAGCCGGUGGCUGAUACUUUGCAUUCCUCGGCGACCUCGGGUGCCUCGCGCCUCACUUCUGUUUGAUGCAGAGGGGCCCUCCUGCCAAGGGCCUUUUACUGCCCAAGGGUUUUCAGUAUUAUGAGCAUCUGCACCCUGCCGCAGAGGCAACCUUAUGAUUGGCAAACCGCCCCCCCCCCACACACACACACACACCCUGUUCACUUCUGCCAAUAAAUAAUUAGGCCUCUGU